AUGCCACCGACUGGCCACAAACCUGAAACACAGAUAUACCCACCAACAAAGUAUGAAAGACUGCCAAGUACAUCUGCACAUAUCGCAAGAAAGACUUCCUACUGGGACAAUAAUCAAUUACUGCAGCUUAACAGAUAUCGUCAUUCACGCACCACCUUUUCAGUGACCAGCGUGGUGAACGGGAUUUGCAGUGAUACGGUCACGUUACGGGCUGAACGUGUAUGGGGAUUCAUGGGAAAAAUUAGUGCUACAUCUAAUCUCGAACAAAAUACUCAAGAAUUAAUAACUCAUUAG